AACGGAACGCCGCCGCCGCCGACUGCGCCGCUCGAACCAACUAACCCACCCCGUUCCGCUCCGCUCCACGCCCCCCUCAUUCACAUUCUCACUCGACCGACCACAACCACUAGCGUUCUUAUUAGAUUUUAUGGCGGCUCCGAUUUAGAACACAAACAACAACGAGGCACGGCCGCGCCUUUGGCCGUUCCAUUCCGCUUUGUUUCCCGACCCUUUGCCACUCGUUUCGAUUCGUUCUCGCGCCGUUAGAAUCGCACGCUGCCGCUGCCGCAGCUGGCGUCGCUGCCACUGGCUGACUUAUUGGCUUUAAGCGAAUUUGAACGUCGCUCGAACUUUUAUUCAACGUGUUGGUUCCAUCGUGUAAGCAACUCUGAAACGCUACGUACAUUCGUUGCGGAAACUGAAAACCGAAUCAGAAAACUGUAUAAAAAAAACACACACAAACCGAAAACACAAACCCUCCCCUCUCCCAUAAAAAAAAACUAAGCCCCCCCAAACAAAAUUCGGGAUACGCAAGUGCUAAUUACUAUAUUUAUGAAAUAAUAAGUUUAUGAAUUCCCCUAAAAAUCCAACAUUUUUUUGAAGUUUUAAAUCCACAAAGUGCUUUAAACAACAACAACAACUACCAACCAAAAUGCCUUACAACAGCGUCACGCUUUAGUGUAAAAAGUGUUAGCCCCCACCCCUUUUGCUACGUACCCAUUUGAAACUGAAACUGAAACCAAAGGAGACCCAAACAGGUGUCUGCCUGCCGAAAGGCCAACGAAUCACACCGGAGACAAUCAGCAGCCGCAGCAGCAGCAGGUGGGCCAGAGAUUCUUUAGCAGCUCAGCUCAACUCAUCUCGGUCCGGCGAUUUGUGCAUUUAAUGAUUCGCUGUCGAUGUGAAGCGAGAGGUGCCGGCUUUUCGACGUUCAACGCAUUCGCUCGGCCCUAGCGCUCUGAGGAACAACAAAAGUCGGGGAUCUGCGCCGAUGGGAACCGAUGGACCGGCCAUAUUCCUCCUGCCCCUAAAAACCCAAAAACCCAAAUAAACCGAGACAAGAACGCUAGAGUUCAAAAGAGUUCAAGAAAAGGGAGUUUUACUUGUUGUGAUAAGCGGAAAAGUAAAACACCACCCAAGUGUGUGCCUCCAGAACCCACUCUGUAUAAUAUAUAGUAGGAAACCAACCAACCAACCAACCAACCAACCAAUGCAACGCGAAGGCCUUUAACUGUGAUUUAAGAAUACAUAACUAAAAAAAGAAAUAAAAAAGAAAGCACCAGUUCGUUACGUUUAAUUUUAGUUCGGUUUAGUUUUUGUUUUUGUUUGCCGAGUGUGUGUGUGCUGUGCAACCAUGUUCAACUCCAACAUACCGGCCUCCUCGCUGCUCAGCAUCGAGGGUAGCGGCCUCCUGAUGGGUGGCCACACACCCAAGACACCCGAGAUCCUUAACUCGCUGAUCGCCAUGACCAAUCCGCUGGACAACUUCAAUUUUGGAUCAGCGGCGGCGGCCGUUUCGGCCACCCUUUCGGCAUCCUCCUCUGCCACAUCCACGCCGGUGGUCGCCGUGCGUCACUUCAACGGAAAUCCCAACGGACAGUCGCACUCGCAGGAUAGCAGUCAUUCCAGUUGCUCCGGAUCGCCGCUCGAAUCGCCAGCGGGCACGGCCACCACGCCCAGUGUGCAACAGACCUGCUCGCGCCUGAUCAAGGAGGGCCUGAAGCUCUCCAUCCAGAGCAAGCGCAAGCUGUCCACCUGCGACUCCAGCUCCGGAUCGGAGCAGCCGCACUCAAAGUACUCGCGGCGCAGCAGCAGCAACCACAACGGGCACAACAGCGGUGGCAGCAGCAGCAACAACAACUACAGCGGCAGCAUGAGUAACGCCAACGACCUGGACGACCUAGACUGCGAGGAGUCGAGUGACGAGGAUGACAGCGAGACCAAGUCGCAGCCGAAGGGACUGACGCCGGAGGAUGAGGACCGGCGGCGGAGGCGUCGCGAGCGGAACAAGAUCGCGGCCACCAAGUGCCGGAUGAAGAAGCGCGAACGCACCCAGAAUCUGAUCAAGGAGUCGGAAGUGCUGGACACCCAGAAUGUGGAGCUGAAGCAGCAGGUGCGUCUGCUGGAGAUCGAGCGACGCAACAUCCUGGAUAUGCUGCAAUCGCACGGUUGCCAGCGAUCCUCGGGCUGUCAAUUGCCCAGCCAGCUUCUCCAGUCGCCGGCUCAGAAGUAUCUCAGCGAACUGGAACUGGAAACGGUGGUGGUGGGCGGCGAGAUGGCCAAUUCCGGCAAUGCCAAUAGCCACCAGCGGCUGCAGAGCAUACCCUCGAUGGCCACCUUCAAGUUUGGCUCCAAAACGGCGGCGGCCAUGGCCCAGCAACAACAGCUACCCACUGGCUACUGCAAGCCAUCGCCCAGCGCUCAGGAGUUUGAGCAUGCCGGUUACCAGCAGCAGCAGCAGCACCAGCAGCAGCAACAGUCCCUUAAUCCCGCCGGCAACAACAACAACAACAACAACAAUGUGGUUGAUCAGCAACAGCAACAGGUGAAUAGUAGUCCCAGUCUAAUUUCCGACUAUGUGCCCAAUUGCGAUGGCCUGAGCAGCAGCAACUUGAGCAAUCCGAGCCACAACAGCAGCAACAUGAGUAGCAACAACAACACCAGCAGCAACAACAACAGCAACACCACCAGCAGCAGCAACAACAACAACACCAGCAGCCACAACAGCAACACCAGAAACACCAGCACAACGCCCACCGCCAUUGAGUUUGUAAAGCACGAGCUGGUGGACUCGCAGAGUCCCUAUACCACCUCCCUAAGUGCGGAGAGGUUCCUGUUCGAGUCCAGCGAUGGUUUUCCGGACAUCAAGCAUGCCUGUGUGUUGCCCUCGCCGUGCGGCAUCAAUGGCAUCAACAUGGCCAGCGUGGUGCACACGAAUGGCAAUGACAACAACGGAAAUAACCAUAAUAAUAACAACCAUCUGAUGGAUUUCCAUUCGGGCCUGCAGCAUGGCAAUAAUGUUGGUGUGGGUGUGGGAGUGGGUGUGGGUGUGGGUGUGAUGACGCCCUACGAUGAUGAGCAACUGUUGCUGCUGAAGAACGGCUGCUUUGCCACCGAUCUGCUGUCGCAGCUGGUCGAGGAUGGCGGCGAAUAUGUGGACUUGGACUCGGCCACCGCCUUCAUGAACAAUGGCAGUUGCCUGGCGUGAGGAAGGGCACCGUUGCUCCUAGCCUUCGACCACAACAACAGCCACCAGCAACAGGAGCAACAUCAGCAGCAGCAGCAACAGGAGCAACAUCAGCAGCAGCAGCAGCUGCAGCAACAUCCUUCAGAGAAAGAGGAAGAUCCGCCGGAAAGUCCAACACAACUCGAUCGGCGGGUGGAACUCGAACUCGAAAUGGAGCUACAACUCGGAGAGGAGCAGGAUCCGGCAUGGGCUCAUGUAGAUUACUGGUGCUAGACCAUCAUCCCUACCCUAUACUUAUGUUAAUCUUAACCGCCACUCAUUGACUAAGCAAAAGCAAAUGCGAAAGCAGGAGAACAGAUAAGAAGAAGCCGCAGUCCCCUUAAAACCCAUCCAAUCCGGUCCAAAAUCCAAUAUCCCCUUAAUACUUUACCCAAAACUCUAAAUCAUUUUUUUUUAAACUGUCCGAAACUAUUUUUAAUUUUUUAUAUUUGUUUUCAAAUUUUACGGUUUGGUUUUGAAUAUCUGAUUCUUUUUCACUUAAAAUUAAACGUUUUAACUUUGUGUUUAUUUUUUUUACAAUAAUCUAGCCAACUCUUUUAUCAAAGUACAAUUUCCAAUUAUAUCGAAAAACUCCCGGAAUCCAAGUUCUUCCAAUAGCAAAGUCCCCCGAUCCACGAUCCCGCGAUCCAAUCAAAUACCACUCGAAUAUCAUGCCCAACCCCAGAUCCAUACCCGCCCACAACAAAAAAAACCCUGGUCCUUUGAUCCCAAGUCCGCCUGGAGCGGCAUCCAGCCUGUGGCUUGACUACCUCAUGAAGCAAGAAGCAGAAACAACUAACAAGUAACUAUCAUUAAAGAGUUUUAAGGAGUAAGGAGAUGGACAAAAAAGCAAAAGAACCAGAGCACACAAACACACGCGCAGCGAGAAGAAGCAAAAGCACUUGCAAAACUGUACAUAACCAAACUUUUGAUACGAUAACUAGGUAUAUCGAUAACAUUCCAUUGCAAGUCUGCGAAAUGUCAAGAAAAGGGAAGUCGAGAGAAGAAGUAAAGCAGUGAUCAACUGCGAGCAGUCACAUCCGCAUCAGUAAUUAUUAAUUUUAAUUUGUUCAAUUCUUUUCCAAGCGUAUUUUUGUUUGCUCUUUGCUCCCAACGAAGCCUUAAAAUUAUAUUAACUAUGCCUCUAUAUAUAUAUAUAUAUAGCUGUAAACAAUCGUGAGAGAUUAGAAAGGAGGGAAAUUCAUGUUGAGAAUUCAAAGCAGUAGCAGUAGAAGAAAUGGGAAGCCCAUGCGAUACAUGAUGACGUUUGAUAUUUUUUUCUAAAACCUAGGCUUAGUCAGUGAUAAACCCUAUAUAUAAACCUUAUAAACAGAAUAUACAUGUAUGAAUUUUUGUUUUUUUUUUUGUGUCCAUACUUUGUAAGCUAUUUUUAAACGAUGAGCAAAAAUUGUGUAAGCUGUUGCCUUAAUCAAAUAUUAAAACGACAAAAAAAAAAUAACAUUCAAUUGAAAACUAACUAACUAUUAAUUCUUUUGCAAAACUAAUCUACACAUACAAGAACAACAAAAUAACUAAAUAUUAUAUAUUAUAUAUAUAUAUACAAGAUAUAAAUGGAAAGAGAUAUGUAUGAUCUAUGAAUUGGUGGAAUCGAAACCUUAAAGUGCUGUUAAAAUUUAAACAUUGCAAACUCCUUUCAACUUGCGCCUUAUUACAGUUUAACGAAGAAAAACUUUUGUAAUUUAUAUUAUAUACAUAUAGUAGAAGUUGAAGAACAUAUAUACAAGCGUGUACUAAAACAAAGCAAAACAAAACAUAUAUAUUUGUGUGUGUCUAUUGCUUGAUCAUCGAAUUCAAGCAGAGUUUUUAUAUAUAUAUAGAUACCUUAUACACGGAUAUAACAAUUAUAUAUGUAUAUACAAAAGUGUGUGUACAAACAGCUGUGAACACCAAAAAGUGGCCUAAGGAGCAUCAAACCCAAAAGAAAAACAAAACAAAUAUAAUUCCUUUCACAACAAGUGCUUUGAAAUUGUUUCAUAAUCGUAAACGCCUCAAUUUGUACUAAAGAGUUAGCCAACGAUACCGAUAAAUGAUAAUCGAUUAAUUAAAUCUAUGUAAAAUACGAAAAUCCAACUAUUUAUAACACCCAUGUACAUGUAAAAGAACCCGUUGAGCUCUUCAAGCCUCUUGAGCACCGCCUUUUUCACUAGUUGUAUCAAGUCUACCAUAUGUUAUGUUACCCCAAAAUCCCCAAUAGGAUUGUUAAGCAUGUAGACCACAAAAAGCCUUUCCGCUUGAAAUUGAAAUUUUAAAUUGAAAAUUGUAUUGAUCAUACCUUAAGCAAAGUUUACCUCACACACACACAAACAAAACACUCGCACACAAGCACACACAAAAAAGGGCAACCCUAGAGGAAUUUAGGGAAGAAUCUUCACUCGCCGACAAUUGAUAUUACGUUCAGCUUCCAACCAAAAAAAAAAAAUUGAAAACCCAAAAAAAAUUAGCGAAAACAUAAAAACGAACAACUUAAACAAGUUACAACCACUCAGGUCAGGCGAGUGAAGUAGCUGCCAGGGUUGCCACAUUCGAUGUUAAAUGUAAUUCGUAACUAUAAAUGUUAACUGUAAACCGUAAUUGUAAAUGGCAAAAUGCAAUCAAGUCCAUGAUGUUAGCCCCCGAAAACAAAUCGGGGGACGAAAGAAAAGUCUUCGCUUGUAAAUUUCGUUUAUUUUUGUAUUAUUUCUCGAUUUGUUUGUUUGUUUGUUUUUGAUUAAUAUUCUCUAAUAUAAAUCUACAUAAAUAUGACCUUAAAGAGUCGCGUUUGAGUUUGAGUAUUGGUUUUGUGGGCUACGCUUCUGCCUGCAGCUGAAAGGCGGAGAUAUCUUAUUAAUAGAAGAUAGAUAGAUCAACAUCAACAUCAUCGGAUAGACACCCAUCGCUCUCAUUCACGCAGGACUUAUCCAUUCUUUAGUGGCGCAUCUGCAUUUUCCAUUUCGACCUCUUUGACCUUACCUUUGACCUUGACCUGUACCCAUCAUCUUUAGCUUUUAGUUGUAGGCAACACAAAGUUUGUUUAACGAAAACAAAGAACUUGAACACAACAUGCGCUACAAAAGUACCUGGAACGAUUAACAAUAAAUCACAGAUCAAAGUUGUUUAUUGUCUCAAAAAAGCGAAUAGCACUCCGAACUUAGCUGCAGGCAAAAACGGAGCACAAAAACCAAUUGAAAACCUAACUACACUUAGACAGAAAGUCCCAUUUUAUUGUAUAGUUAUAGACCUAUAUAUAUUCAUGAUAUUGCUAAAGUUAAAGAUCUAUAUAUGUGUGUAUGUUCACAAACCGCAAGAAACAAACAAAGAAAACUCCCACAAACUGUGCUAAAACAAACGUAAGAAAUAAUAAGAAAGUGUCGAAUGUGUCGAACGAGUCCAGUCCAGAUGUUAUUUGUGUAAUUUUGACCAGAGCAAAACUAUACGGGAAAUAGAUCUAGCCGACUAAGAAUGUGAAAGCCAAGCGAGAGGAACAACAGCAACGAAGUCCAAUCAAAUCUAUGUCUAACUGAGUUAUAAUUAAUAGUCGAUAACUUAACACUCAUCCCCCAGGUUAUCCUAUCCAGUGUGUUCCAUAUUUCUCCAUAGCCGUACCCGUAUCUCUAACGCUCGCUGUAUGCCCAUCAAUAUCUGUAUCUCUAACUAUAUCUCUGUAAGCCAUCCAUCCGACCACAACCGAUCACACUCUAAAAGAAUUACAAUAAAAUCCAACUUUAAUAUCCAA